GUCAAGAAAAAAUAGGACUUGUUGGACGUACUGGAUCUGGAAAGUCAACAAUAGCAUUGGCAAUGUUUCGAUUUGUGGAGCCAUCAAAUGGAAAAAUUUUAGUCGAUGAAAUUGAUAUUUCAUCUAUUGGUGUCGAAGAUCUUCGGUCAAGAAUAACUAUAAUUCCACAAGAUCCUAUAUUAUUUACAGGUACAAUACGGUCAAACCUUGAUGCAUUUUCUCAAUAUGAGGAUAGAGAAAUAUUGGAAUCAUUACGACGUGUUCACUUAAUUCCUUCUGCAGAGGAUGUAGAGACUAAUUCAUUUUCAGAUGAUAAUACCAAUUUAUUUAAAAAUUUGGAUACACCUGUAAGUGAAGGUGGAAAAAACUUUAGUCAAGGGCAAAGGCAAUUAUUAUGUCUUGCUCGAGCUUUGUUAAGAAGGUCAAAGAUUAUAUUGAUGGAUGAAGCCACUGCAAGCAUUGAUUUUGCUAUGGAUGAAAAGAUUCAAAAAAUGAUAAGAACUGAAUUCGCUGAUUGCACGAUAUUAUGUAUUGCACAUCGGCUACGUACUGUUAUUGAUUAUGAUAAGAUACUAGUUGUUGAUCGAGGAAAUAUAAUAGAAUUUGAUAGCCCAUACAACUUAAUUACCGAUAAUAAUUCCUUAUUUUAUCGAAUGUGUCAAAAUUCUGGUGAAUUUGAUUUGCUAAUGUCAUUGGUUUUAAAGGAUAAGGCUGAUAGA